UUUGCCACACAGAAACAUCACGCCGUACGUGACGGAAAUCACAGGCAGAAUGCGUCUUGCUGAACACUGUCCAUGUCAUCGCUAUGCAAGGUUUAUCUGUUGAAUAGAAGGGAAAGCAGUAGCGGGAAUGUGCCCUGUUGAACUUUGCCGAUGUCAUUUUUGUGUAGAAUAACGGUAACACGGAUAACAGUAGCAGGAAGCUCCCCACAAAACUUUACUGAAAUGUUUGCCACGUAGAGUCAUUAUUCCGUAAAUAAGAAAAUGCAGUAGCUUAACGCGAUCUACUAAACACUGCUGGUAUGGUCACAACAUGUAUAUAAACAAUAGCUGUCUUACAAAACUUAAGUUGUUUCCUGUUAAGUUGUUUUCACUGGUGAUAUCAUCGUCUCAUUGUGCGUUUUUAAAUCCUAAUAAUUUUAUAACAGCUUUAAAACAUAUUUUCAGGAAAGAAUUGAACACGUAAUAAGUCGCGUGGCCAAUUUUUUGUGCAGUUAAAAUACUCUGUUUUUUGUAAGCAAACUUGUCUUGCAAUCAGUGGAAGAAUUCAUGUCGCAGAUUGAUUUUAAAUCCAGUUUCCCUAAUCUGUCGCCUAUUAUAGACAAAGUAUUAUAUUGUUAAACAGGUGGCGCUGUUUACACCCGCUGGGGAAGAAAAGUAUGUCCUGGCCAUGCAACUAUGUUGUACGGAGGUGUAAUGGCAGGAUCGCACUAUACCCACAAGGGCUCUGGGGCCAACCAAAUGUGUCUACCACUAAAUCCACAGUGGAACAAAACCUACUCUGGUUUCCAAUCAAACUCCUAUCUGUAUGGUACCGAGUUUGAGGUAUACCAAGGCAAUAAAGUGUUUGACCAGACCAAUUCCGGCGGAGAUUUCUUCCGCGAACGGGAGGCCCAGUGUGCUGUCUGCUAUACGCCGGGCAGACCAAGUCACGUGAUGAUCCCAGCCCGUCUGGAGUGUCCAUCAGGAUGGACACUGGAGUAUCUGGGAUUUCUCAUGGCACAACACUACACGCAUUAUAAGUCUGAGUACGUGUGUGUGGAUCAGGAUCCAGACACCCAUCCCGGCACGGCCGCUAACUUAAACGGGAAUCUGCUGUACGUUGUGGAAGCUAAAUGUGGCGCGCUGCCCUGUCCAAACUAUGUUGACGGCUAUGAGGUUACAUGUGUUGUGUGCACAAAAUAAAUCAGUACAAACACGAGCUCUAUAUUAAACCGGACCCAUAUCGGCAAAACUGUUGCUCUAUAAGAUUGCAAAAUCGUUGUACAUAUUUCUGUCAAAGGCCUGUCCAAAGAACAAGUACAUAAUCAUUGUUUAAUCAACAUUACAUUUGUAGGUUUCAAAUAAAAUAAACAAUGCAGCCUUACAG